GGCUCCGUCGCCGCGGAAAAUUCUCAAAUAAAAAAAGAAAAUAUAAGAAAAAAAAAGCCAGGUUUCAACCGCUAUUUCCCGCUGUUUUCAAUUGGACUUUGACGGGGUUAAAAAAGCUAAAUUGGCAACACCUGGAUAGCCGCGAUCGAACAGAAGCCAUCGCACUUCCGAACGCGACGCGACGCGACGUCGGAUCGAUCGAUCGCAAUUAUAUAUAAAAUCGAUUCCAUUAAAAAAACCGACUCUGAUUUUUUUUCCUGUUUGCCGGUGAUCAGUGUGAAAAAUUAAAUAAGAAAGUGCAUUGAAAAAAUAUAUAUAAAAAACAGGUGCUAAAAGUGAGUGAAAACAAAACCACAUCGAAAACAUGAAGUCUGCCGCCGCAUAUUGAAAGGCAGUCGAGAGAGCAGAGAAGCAAACAAAACAAGUGAAGAAGCGAAAAAAAAAUAUGUUGCCGCCAAGACUGCUGCAGCCGGGCAGCGGCCCAGCGGAAUUGGAUUUGGAGUUGGACAAGGAUGAGGAGGAGAUGCACACAAUGUUUCACAAGCGAAGGCGCAGAAGGAGCAGCUGGCUAAAGGGUGGUCCUGCCUGCCUAACCCUGCUCGUAAUGCUCUUACUAUAUGCAGUAGCAUCCUGUACAGCCGCCUCACCCGCCUCCACAGAAGUGUCUGCACCGGAUGAUCCUCCUCUUGCACCAGCUCUUGCAACGGCCAUUAGCUCCUCCUCCAGUUCACCCUGUGCCCCCCAGCAUUGGUGGGACUCGCAACGUGACCGGUGUACGGCCUGUACCCGGUGCCAGGGUGAAAUGAUACCGCUGCGUCCAUGUCAACUGCAUACGGAUACCAUUUGUGGUUCUAUCUAUGACCUCAAGAUCGAUUGGGUUGUCCUGGCCAAGACAGAGCCCAACUGGAAGGAGCGUCGAAAGUCCUCGGAGUAUGAGCAUUUUGGGCAAAAUGCUGCCCCCUUGCAACACUUGAGUCACGAGCAACUGCAGCAGCUGCAUGAGGAGGCCACGGCUGCCGCUGCCUGGGCAUUGGAUUGGCAGACCGGUGUCCUCUAUGUGGCAGUGCUUACCUGCCUCAUAUUUUUCUCUGUGGCCGCCUGCAUACUCAUUCAUCACAUGCGGCAGUGGCGCCGCAUGGAGCGACGCCUGGAUCAGGACGUGGAGGAGCUGUCCACGAAGCUAAUGGCCAAAUUGGCCGAGGUCCAGAGUCUGGAUGGCGGCACGUUCUUCAUUGGCAAUGCGGAUGCCUUGCGGGGAUUACCCAGUUCGGCCAUGGUGACGGCCACAUCGGCGUCUGUUGCCGCCUCCCAUGCCGCGGCGGCGGCGGCAGCAGCGGCAGCGGCAUCCCACUCCCAGGGUAUCUUUCAGCCGCAACACGUGCUGUUGCCGGAGAAACGCAACGGUGGCAAGCACCAGGAGCGUCGGAUCCUGAAGGCUCUUCAGCCGGGCAAUGUGUACAUCGAGGAGAGUAAUGUGCCACCUGGUGGCUUUGGGCAUGGCCUGGGCAUGGGUCACAAGAACUAGGCUCCAGACAGAGAUAGAGAGAAACAAAAAGAGAGAGAGAGCAUACUUAAGGACUAAGGAUUAAGUGAGACGGAAACGGAAGCCGGAAGAACGAUAUAUACAAAAAUAUAUAAAAUAUAAAACAUAAAAACUUUGUACAAACAGCCGCUUAAAAGAAAAGAGAAAUGGGGGAUCGAAACUAUUAUUAUUUUUUACACACACACAUAUAUAUAUUAUAUACGUAUAUUAUUUAAAUAAUCUUAUUCUAAUUAUAACGACCCUUUUUUUUUUUGAAUCGUUAUGUUGACUUGUUUGUAGCUUUGGAAAGUACGGCGGCAGGAGGUUUUGUACAUAGGCGAAAGGCCACGAUUAAAUACGACUAUAAUUAUUAUAUAUAUAUAUACGUAAAAUAUAUAUAUAUAAUUAACAAAUUUUUCUACUUAAUGUAAAUACUAAGGCGAAUCUACGAACGAGAAUGGUAUAAAGCCAAAGCCAGGCAAUAUCGGCAGCAUAUCAGCUACUAUAUAUAUAAAUAUAUAUACUUAUAUUGGGACCUUAUAUACAGUGUCCCAGUUAAAGUUUAAACCAUAUCCAAGAAAAUCGAUUUAAUUGUAACUAUAAUAAUAAUAAUAAAUAAUAACGAUUAAUUAAUAAAUAACUAUAAUGUUAGGGCGAAAAUGUUUAUGUUUUAAGUGCUACAACUAUCAUCAUCAUCAAACUGUGUGCAAACGAGAAUAAAAAUGUUCUAUGAAUACAAAUA